UGAAGGGAGAAAGCCCAAGACAAAAUGGAGGAUCUCGAAGAUUCUGAGAUUCAGUUCUCAGAAUGGACUGAAAGUGGAGAAUUUGAAAUGAUGGAUACCGAAGAUGGAGUUGUUGAACAACGACCUAAUGAUCAAAGUUUUCCUGCAGCAAUCGCAGAUAAACUCGAGGAAAGGAUUGAAGAUUCUCCAAGAAAUCUUAAAACAGCUGUUUUUUGUUUUCCUUUUGAAUGCGACGGGAAAAUGUUUUUCCUCAAAGAUGAAAGAGAACAGGCAACUUUGAAUAGCUAUCUUGGUCAAGGAGUGUUAGAUGGACUGAUACAUCCAGAAGAAAUGCCCACCAAGUCAUUCAGAGAACCAGUUAUCAAGCUCUUUGGGUCCAAAUUUGUUGCAUGCAGUGCUCUUUUCUGUCAGACAGACUCAAUGUUUUACCUACUCAGACAACAGAUUUUCAAACUAGAGAGUAUGCAGAGUGAAGAAGGAAUCCUACCUCUUUCUCAUGAAGCAAAUAUGAAAUGUACAGAUAUAAGAAAAGAAUGUGCUACCUUUAUGGCAUACCUUCAUUACUUCAUAAACAAUUGCCUAAUGACAUCAUGGACUACCUUGCAUUUCGCUGACAACCAGUUCAUCCAAAGCCUGCUUCGCAUAUCAACCAUCAUACGAAAGCAACUAGAAGCUCUGGUUCUUUUUCUGGGGAGGUUAACAGAAUUACCUCUUGCCUCAGUCAUCAGAGCAGACAAUCCCGGUAUCUUCUCGUCCUCCCGCCCGUCAGCUGUGUCGCAUCUUUUUCAUUUGUACUUGGAUUUAAUCUGGAAUACAUUACAAGCAUUGUGGGAGAUACUUCUAAAGCAAGAUAAAGAAACUAGAAGCCAUUCCAGUGAGGUGGACAACAUUGUUGAUUCUGUUAAAAGGAUUGUGAUGCCUUUGUUAUGGGAUCUUACAUCUCUGGCUGCUAUUUCUUACAAUAAAGUAAACCGUGCUGAUUCCCACAGGGCAUCACCCUAUCCCUGUUCAUGUGUUUGUGAGCUGUGGGUUCUUCUCAUCCAAACAAUGGAUCACCUGUCUUCUAACUUUGAUAUCGAGCCAUUUUGGUCGUCGCUGUCCUGCAUUUUACAUGAAGUAAUGAAUCCGGAAGACACCUCAACCUCCAUGCAAAACGACACUCAAGACUCUCCUGCAACAUAUGCUCCGUUGAACUUCAACUGUAAAGAUCCCGUUGGCUUUUCUUGGUGGCUGGUAUCGCAUGUGGCUCCUCUGUACUGGUAUAACGAGAAAGGCGUCUUUUCCGCCAAAAAGAAGGGGUCUGUUCCAGGCAACUGGGUGUUUGUGUUUGACCUUCUGAAGACCUCUCUUAGUGCACUUAAGGAUGGUCAUGAAGAGGCUCAGAGGAGGUUUUAUUUAAAGUGUUGCAUAACUGUGUCUAUUAAUUGGUCAGCACACACUGGGCUCAUUCUCUGGCUGUGGGAUUACUUUCACAAGAAGAUGAAUGAUUUAUUCAACAUUCCUAGUAGUUCACUACAUGGCAUGGCAACCGUUAGUUUGAGUUCAAGUCAGUUGACAGAACAAUGCUUUGAUCGCUGUCGUGGUGUACAAACAAGUAUGGACCAAGAAAACAGCUUUUCUUUACUGCUUCGUUUGAUUGCCAUUCAUCUCAAUAAACUCCUGAGCACUGGAUCACUACAAGGCUGGAAACAGAUGAAAGGAAGAUUUUAUUCCAAGUUUCAUAAGCGCCGUAUGGAAGAACUGAAUGAAACAGGAGUGCGGCACUUUCUAAGUCUGUUUCUCACUCUUUCUUGUGUAGCAGAACUUGAAGAUGUGGCCAACAAAAUGUGUUCUUUUCUGGACCUACUUGACUUUAGUAGUGAACAACCUAAUAAAAAAUUGGUUAUUUUAAAAGGUCUGUUUUCUCUCAUGCUGGUCUACAAAGAAAGGAAAACCGAUUUUGGCUACUUGGCGUGCAAAGUUGCUGACAUUUUUUCAACGGUUGUCAAGGAGUACACUGAAAACAGCAGUAGCAACCGAGACAAGGGCCAUCAAAGGCACUCGUGGGACCUUGUGGCCCUUUAUCUUGAUGGCACACAAGAAGUAUUUGAACAUAAGAACAAGCAGGAUUUAUCAGAGACAAAGUUGCUUGAAAGCGAGGGAUUUAAUUACCUCUUUACCAGCUGUAGAGAAAACGAGCUUCGCCAUCUGCUAGCAUUUGUACAAUCGAUACUCGACGCCAUACGACCACACAACCCAGACAGAAUGAGUAUCGAAGAAUCCCGACCAGACAUUGUGAGUUGCCUUUGGACACACUUGUUUCCUCAUCUUCAGAAGCUGAUUCGAGAUCGUAGUGUUGUGACGUCGUUGCCCAUCAUUCUCGCUGAUACUAUGGCAGGAUUUGCUCUCCUUACCCUGGACAGACAUCCUGAACGAGCAGGAGCCCCUGGCGCAUCAUUGUCGAGUCUYAUAAGAGAAUAUGGCACUGAAGACGAACUGCCUGCAAGUUUCAGUUGUCGGUUUCUAUGUCACGUGAUUCCGGCGCCUGGAGUCCCAGACCUCUUGGAGGCAGAAUCCUUACAGACGCACGUGAUCCACACGUGGUUCCGAUGUUUAUUACAACUGUCCCCCUCAAAUGAUAACUGUGCCGCCCUAACAAGAGCUAUCGCGAAGGUACCGGAAAUGGAAUGGCUGACAAGGAACCAGACCCAACCACAUUGCCUGUUACCAAGGUUACUAGAUCAGCUGAUAGUCCCGUUGCAUAGCAACAAAAAGGCCAUGCUUUCCGUGGUCCUUCAGUGCGUCAAAGCUUAUUUACAUUGGUUUUUGCAGGGUUUGUCUUACCUGGAUUUCAGACGAGAUGAUUUUAUCAAACGAAAAAUCCGUCAAAUAUUUGGGAAAUAUUUUCAUCCGCUUUGUCAGAAAUCACAAGCUGCAGCCAGUCAGCCGGGGAACGUCGCAGUAAAAAAUCCAUUCCUCGUUGUACUAAAAGGCUCUCUUAUGGAGGAACCCACUCACGAUGCGAGCGAUUUUCGCCAGUUUACAGUUGAAAUCAUUGCAGAUUCGUUUCUACAGUUACCACAGCCACCGCAGAAUCUUACCUCGACGCUUUUCUUUCUYGUUCAGCUGUUCAAGAGAACUCAGUCUUCAAGAGAAACAGCAAGGAACACGCUGUGUCUUCUUGCACCGGUGCUGGGAUGCCUCCUGGCCUGUAAUGCUCGAUCACCAGCCAACGAACCACCAAACAUACGCAGACAAGCAACCGAUCUUCUUACGCUGAUGAUAGAAAGUUGUAAGGAUCCASUGGAACCGAAUUAUCGGAAUACAUUGCUGCCAAAUAUGAGAAACUUCGUGUUUAACAACUUGCAGCAGUUCCAGGGACUCGUUUUCAAAACCUUCGAACCGUUGACCAUCCUUGAUCCAGACAUCGUAGCCGAUCUAAUCCCAGCUUUUAAGCAAUCUAUAACWCAGAGCGAACAGAAGCGAGGAGUGGGCUCAGAUUCACAGCUGAGGAGUGCACUUAGGAAUUUACUUCAACGUAUUGGAAAAGCUCACGAAGUGGAGCUGCAUUAGCAGACAUAGAAACGGACAUUAGUUUUAUGGGUUCCCUGUGGCUAUUUCUUUUUAAGCUGGUUGAUGCGUCUUUUCAUUAUAUCUGAUUGGUUCAUGGAUAAARCCUUGUAUAUAUACUUUGUAAAAUACUGUAAUUAGAAUAUGGCAUAGAA